AUGGGGAAUGAGGAGGAAGAGGAGGAAGAAGCGCAAGAUACAGAGGUCCAGCAACAAUCCUCUCAGCCAAGAAAGGGGAAUGAAUACCGGCGCAGAGCACUAGUAUCCUUGCGAAAUUCGCCAAUCUCCACCGCUAUUCUGCAAGAGCCCAUGGAAAAGAUUAAGAUGCCGACCUAUAAGUAUGAUGGUAAAACUGAUCCGGAAGACCACAUAUCGGUCUAUGAAGGGCACAUGUUGCUAUAUACCGAUACGGAUUCGGUAUGGUGUAAGGUGUUCCCCUCUACUCUGGCAGGGCUGGGACAGACAUGGUUCAAGAGCAUACCUCCGGCAACUGUCUUUGACUUCCGCCAGCUCACAUCCAUGUUUGUGAUGCAUUUCGUAAGUAAUAAGCGGCGCGAAAAAACAACCGGCGAGCUAAUGUCCAUCAAGCAAGUAGAGAAAGAAAGACUGAGAGACUAUGUAAGGCGUUUUAAUGACGAAGCAGUCACGAUCCCGACCCUACAGCAAGAGGUGGCAGUUUUAGCCCUCAUGACCGGAUUAAGAGAAGGAACCCCCUUCAGAAGUUAUCUGGGACGGAAGAAAAUGACAUGUCUCACAGAUGUCCUGAGCAACAAUGACUUCAUUAGGGGGGAAGAAUUCGACAAAGCGGCAAAUGCUAAAAGGCCAGCAGUAGUGGAUAAGGAUAAGGAUAAGGAAAGAGACAGGGAGCACCGGGAUGAUAAAUACCGUAAGGACAGGAAGUCUGACACCUCCAGCAAAAGGGAAGAAAAUAAUUCUGUGAAAAAGGGCUUUGAGGGCAGACCGGACAAAUAUAACAAUUACACUCCCCUGACAACAUCCCGGGCUCGGAUAUUCGUGUUACAUAAUAAGGACGAUAAAUGGCGCAUGCCAAAGAAAAUGUACUACCAAGGGAGAGAUAAGUCCAAAUGGUGCGAGUUCCAUGAUGAUUACGGUCACAAGACGGACGACUGCAGGGAUCUUAUGGACGGGAUCGAAGACCUCAUUAGGAGAGGUUAUUUUACUUUGUACCAGGCAAAGGCCGAUCGCAAAACUCCCCCUAGAGAGGAUGAGAACAGCAACAAAAGGCCGGUAAAAGACAGGAUCACUGAAAUCCAUGUCAUUAGUGGAGGACCGACAAGAGGCGGUAGCAUCCACGGGGCUAAGGCCAGUCUAAAGGAAGUUCGGCACCAGGUGAACUAUCACAACACCAGGAAAUGGCCGGCACCUCCCUCGAUGUCGUCCGUAGCUUUCACAUCAAAAGACGCCAAGGGGAUCAUCUACCCCCAUGAUGACCCUUUGGUAGUAUCUCUACAGAUAUCCACCGCAAUAGUUCAUCGCGUACUGGUCGACGGAGGAAGCUCUGCUAACAUCCUAUACAAAAAGACAUUUGAGAAAAUGGGCUUCGAUAAAGCAUGCCUAAAACCGGUCUCUUACCCGGUUAUCGGCUUAACAGGAGCAUCUAUCGUCCCAGAAGGGACUAUAAAGCUGGCAGAAAAGUUGGGAGAAGGGACCCAUUCCAGGGACCUCAUGGUGGAAUUUCUCGUUGUUGACGUCCCAGCGGCGUACAACGCCAUUAUCGGAAGACCGCUGAUUCACGACGCUCAGGCCGUCGUUUCAACAUACCAUCUUACCAUGGUCUACACCUCCAGUGACGGUAAUCCCGAAAAACUCAGGGGAAAUCAGGAAUCGGCAAGGGCUUGCUAUCUCACUGCGCUCAAACACUCUGACCACAAGCGCCCGGCCGAUACACCGCCGUCGGAAAGAAAAAGAAGAAGGCUGGAAAAUAAAGCCAAGAAGGAUUUGUCUAUGGAAAACUUCGAGGCAAGCCAAGAAGGAGAGACGGAAGAAAUAAGCUUAGAAGAGGAAAGGCCGGAAAGAACAGUGAAGAUUGGGGCCGAUUUGGCAGAAGGAGUUAAAGUUAACCUGAUCUCUCUGCUGAGGGGCCAUGCCGACAUAUUCGCUUUCUCUGGAGACGAAAUGCCGGGCAUUGACCCAGAGUUCAUGGUGCAUCGGUUGAAUGUGAACGAAGAUGUCAGGCCGGUAAAGCAGAAGAAGCUUAACUUUUCUGCUGAAAUGAACGCAGCCAUAAAGGAAGAAGUGGAUAAGUUGCUGGCAGCAGACUUUAUAGAGCCUUAA